AUCGAUUUUUACUUCUCCUUGAAUGCUACCAUUAUAUUUUGUUACUUUGUUACUUUUAUUCAAAUUUGGUAUACAAGCAGAGUAUCAACAUUCCUUUCAGAAACCAGAAACCCAACCAGUGACUUUAACCCUCAAAACUAUAUACCAUCAUUCUUCACCCAAUGGUCCAAUACCUCGACUUUUUAGAAGACUUGAUAUCAAUCAACAAUAUCAACAACAGUACCAUCAGCAUUUAAGACCUUCCUCCUUAAACGUCUCACCCAUAGUAGGACAGUAUGAAAAACUCUCUCAACCUGCUAAGAAUUUUUUGAUACAACGGUCUACCACCUUAUCAACCAGCAGUUAUCAACCAAAAAGGAUACGAUGGAAACACUUGACGUCAUUAACACCAUUUAAUAAUGAUCUUCUUAAGGAACCAACUUGGGGUCUUAUUCCUGACGUGACACAUAGACCUACUAUUCUUACUUUGGGUUUAAUGACAAAUAAUGCCUAUUUUGAAGCGGAUAAUAGAACGGAUUGGUUUGAUCUUGGUGCGCCAUGGCGAUUGAAUUCUUCUUUUGGAUGGGAAUCAGAUGGUGUACGUGGACAUGUGUUUGGAAAUCAAGAUGAUUCUUUACUUGUGAUCAGUUUCAAGGGAACUAGCGUAGGUGUAUUGAAGAAUGAACCUACAGGUGAAAAGGACAGAAUCAAUGAUAAUAUGCUUUUCUCAUGUUGCUGCGCACGUAUUAGUCGAGCUUGGUCUCCUGUUUGUGAUUGUUAUCAAGGAAAUGAAUAUAUAUGUGAAUCCGAGUGCUUGGAAAAGAACAUUUUGAAAACAGAAUUUUAUUAUGAUCAUGCUAUGGCAAUAUACCUAGAAGUAGCAAAUCAAUACCCGGAUGCAACUAUAUGGUUGACAGGUCAUUCUCUUGGUGGAUCAUUAGCCAGUUUAGUAGGACAAACAUUUGGUAUACCUACCAUUUCAUUUGAAGCUCCAGGUGAUCAACUUGCUUCCAAUAGAUUACAUUUACCACAUUACAAAAAUAUGCCUCUAUGGCAUUUUGGUCAUACUGCAGAUCCUAUUUUUGUGGGUGUUUGUACCGGUCCUAGUAGUAGUUGUUGGUAUGGAGGAUUUGCUAUGGAAUCAAGAUGUCACACUGGAAAGGUAAAAGGAAAAAAAAAAAAGAAGGAUAAAAAUGGAAAUGAAAGUCAACUUAUUCCUUUAUUAUAGAUGUGCGUAUGGGAUACAAUACAUGAUAAUGGAUGGCGACUUGAUUCUCGAACACAUAGAAUUUUGGAUGUAAUUGAAAAUAUUUUGAACAAAACAGAGGAAUUCCCAUUACCAAAUUGUAAGAAAGAAGUGGAUUGUGCGGACUGUGGACUUUGGCACUACGACGAUAGAAGGGAUGGAAAUCAUACAAUUACUCCUACAGCAACAUCUACUCAAACAGCCACUGAACCUCCUGAUGAUCCUUGGGCCUUUAUUACUUGAUUACUUUUAAGUUUGAAAUAGUUAGAUAGUUAGAUAUUCUUUUUUUUUUUUUUCAAUAAAGCAUUCUUUUGG